AUGUUCGGGAUACUCGCGUUCGUCACGGAAACGGCACUGAUGAUGUUGGAACCGGUGUACCAGACGUUCAAAGGACUGGAGGCGAAUGAGACGGGUGAAGGUAACCUCGACCCGGAGGAAUGGCGGCAGCUGCUCAUCCACUGGAUCGUUUACGGCGCGUUCCGUGCGGUGGAGAGCCUGGCCCGGCCGUGGGUGCCGUUCUACGACAUGGUCAAGAUCGGCACCAUCGUGUGGUUGCGCGCGGGCGGCUCGGAUACAGUGUACCAGACGAUCAUCCGGCCGUUCCUGGUCGAACACGAACCGGACAUCGACCAGUGGAUAGAACAGUUGAACCGCACCCGAGACACGAUGGCGUCAGCCACCUCGGCCCUCAGCUCCGCCGUCACCGCCGACCCCGACUCGAUCAACGACAGCGAGCAGGAGGAAAUGACUGUACCGGAGCCCGCCAUUCCUUCGUCCGGCAGUCCUGCAGUGACCGCCAAUCCUGCAGAGCCCAUCAGUGGUGAGACGAAUGAAGAACAACGCCGGAAGGAUCAAUGA